CAACUACGAGCAGUUCCGCUCCCUGGCUAAGUGUGGUAGUAGCGGUGUUAUAUUAUUAUUAAAACUUCUGUCCCUUGUGCGGUGCAACGCUUUUUUACUGGAUCGAAAUCAUAAACCUUGGGGUUCCUAUUUCAUCAAAUGCAAGGCGAAGUACAGAUACACAGAGUAAAACGAAUUUUUGCGCCGUUAUGCGUUCUUUUUGCAUGUUCCACUUUGGACAAUCAAGAUAUUGAAAAAUUAGUUUCGGACGGACUUCUCAGUUCUCCACCGGUGUGGUCAUUCUUCGUUCCAUAUUACUCUGGCACAUCCACCGUAUUUGGAAAAUUCAAUGCCUCGGGCUGGAGCCAGGCUACUCUUGCACCAGGUGGGAAUCCUUUCGUUGUGUUGGACCCGCGAACGGCAGACCUGACACUGACCAGUGGCUAUUGUCCACCCCGCAGCACCACCCGGGAAUUUGUCAGUAUCCAAGGCCGCGAUGUGGCUGGUAGCGUAGUGGAGGGAAUCCUGGCCAUUGCCAUCUAUUCCCCAUGGCAGUACGUUCAAUCCUGUCAGAUUAAACCUGUCCAGGCGCCGACAACGCCGGCUCCGGAUUUGCUGUAUCCGAAUGUAUCACUGGCGUUAAAGCGUGCACCGUCAUUGGUCGCCAUUCCCGAUGCGUCGUUUACUGUAGAUGGAUGUCAGGCAGGGUCUAGUGCCCCUACAGUCGUAGGAUCAUUCCUCGCGAAAUUCAGCCCCAAUGUGGAUUUCUCGAAACUGCGAAUGACAAUCUCAAGCAGAAUUUUCCAACCUGUACUUCCGGUAGUCUGCGAUCCGGAUUUUCAGUGCAACGUCACAAUAGUUCUCUCCCGACCAAUAGACCAAAGUAUGCUUGGAGUGUACAUAAUACCAGUAAAUUACGGAGGAGGCGGUCUGUUAACCACAUCGCAGCAGUUGGUGAUUUCCGUGCUAUGCAACGCGCUAAAUUUCGAGCGAACUACUUCCAUGCCACCGAGCACGGGCACCAGCGAUCCACCGUUGAUUGUUCCGGAACUCCCGCCGUGUAGUGUGGAAACGGUUUCCAUUAUUAUCAAUGAAGAUACACCUGUUGGUACCGUGGUAACCAAUCUUCCGUCCAUUCCAUCGCCCGGGUUCCGGUUUCAAAUUAAUGACGCGUCUGCUACCGGCUAUUUCAACAUUUCGGACCAGGGUACCAUAACUCUUGCCCGUCCGCUGUCGGCCCCAACCGAUCAUACGGUUCACUUGCGAGUUGCCGGGCAAGUAACUAAUCAGUCGGUCUAAACGAAAGGCUGGAAACCGAUUGCACUACCCAAGAGCGAAGUGCCGAACCGAUCGCUAUCGCUCCCGAACCAUAUAUCCCGGGCGGUUUCCGCACCGACCCGAUAACCUCUUCGGAAUGCAGGCAGUUCGCCACGCGGAGAAUCGGAUGUACGAGUAUGUUCUUUCCCAUGUGGCAUUUUUCUCGGGCUGACUGCGGAGCGCCCAAAGUCCCGGACUACCCUGUGACCUACAAUACGGUUCUUCAGCUGAACUGCAUGGCCGACGAAAGCAGCAUAAUAGCUGCGGCUGUAUCCAAUAUUGGCAACAUAAGCCUUAGACGUGCUGUCAUCCUGGCGCUCGGUGACGGCAACGGCACCAUGGAUACAUUGCAAGCCAGUGUCCUUGGACCCAUUCGGCAGCAGUCAAUCGCCCUGGACGUGGACGGCUCGGCCACGCCCUAUACCAUUGCCAGGAUCUACCGCUUGGGCGAUUUAGUUAAUCUACUGCAACUCCAGAUAAGCUCUUCCUUGGGAUUGAUCGUCCACAAGCAGGAUUCAUCAGAUGCCGCGUAUACGACAAAUUCUCUUCCAAUCUGCAAGCAUGCGCUUCCUGGAGCCGUAUACCUUCACCACAUUACCGCACCUGCGCAGUUUAGUGCUGGAAAGCGGCAUCAGCUGGUAUUGGACAGAUCUUCAUUACUUUAUGAAAAACGUGAAACCGUCUAUGGAUGAGGAAGAAGUGCGGCGAUUGCACUGCCAUUGUUCUUUCGCCUGGCUCAGGAAUUUUCUCAAGACCCAUGCGUAUCUCACGUCAUCGAAAGGGAAAAAAGAUGUCUUCAGUGUGGCGAGCUACGUAUCGCCAGAUACAAGCGGCCGUGCCAGUAAUUAUUCAGACAGUCUCAGCGUAGAUUGUAAACGGAAUUUCACGCUGGAUAAUUUACAGACCGGGGCGGAAUUUUCCUACAAUACUGGCUGCUACAAUGUGACGUGUUAAACGAUGUUGCAUGUUUUCGCUUUUGAGCCCUAAAAGCAAUA